CCUUCACAUCCACGUCAACUCAGGUAUCCACCACUGAUGUCUCAACAACCACAACAGACGGUGCCCUCGGCCCCCAGCUCCCCAGCGCUGGUGGUCACCAGUAACGUGCAGAAAUAUGCCAUCAAGAAGAAGAAAGUCCUGAGUGCUGAAGAAACCGAGCUGUUUGACCUGACCCAGGCUGCGGGGAUCACUGUGGACCAAGAGGUCUUCAAGAUCAUAGUGGACCUGUUAAAGAUGAAUGUGGCUCCUCAAGCGGUCUUCCAGACCCUGAAGGCAAUGUGUGCAGGCCAGAGGGUAGUGGAGAGCAGUGGCGGCUGGGACUCCUCAACUGCCUCGCACACCACUAGCAUCACCACAGCGCCCACAGAGGCCAGAGUGCGCAGUAAAGCUGGUGCGAGCCACAGUGAGAAGAGCAGAGAGGCGUCCAGUCAGCGGGUGCAGCGGCAGCCCAGUGCCACCAGAGGGCAGAAGACUAAGAGCUCCGGCAGCAGUAGUUCCUCUUCACAGAUAAACUCCACAUAAGACUCAGGUCAAUACGAGACCGUUUGUAAAUAUGUUGUGUUUACAUUUAUCUGUGUGUUUUACUGUGUCAAAGGGUUGCUUCACCUAAAUUACACAAAAAAAAAACAUGUUUUCUCAUUACUGGAAUUUUGGCUUUAUUUGCUUUUGAGAUAACUGUUGCCUCUGCCCCAGUACAAUGGAGGUGAAUGGGAUUUUUUGUUUGUGCUCCUUAAAGAAUUGAAAACUUACAUUUAAAAAAUUAUAAUUUUUUCCAGAAACAAUAUCCAGAUAAUUCUGAUUCAGGUUUCUUCAAAGUGCGGAACCCCCCUCAGACUAAAUUGAGACAACUGCACGCCCCCAAAAUCCUAGUCUACUCAAAUGUCAAAAAGCAUUGGCACUGCAAAAUGAAAAAUUUUAUAUUAAUCGAUUUUGACAUUCCUAUUAUUAAAACCGUUCACAAUGAGAUCUGUGAUGAGAGAUAGAUAUCUCAAAGCCUUGGAAAAUAAUAUAAUAUACCUGCAUGACCAAAAUAGAUGCCACUGAUGUCAAGUGGGAGAAAAUGUGGUUGUUGUUUUUUUUUUUAUUUUGGUAAAGCAAUCCUUUUAAAUUUCUCACAUAAUGUCAGAAAGAGUGUCUCCUCCUUCUCCUUCUGGCAGGUGUUACUCUAAGUGAGGAAAGCCUUUUGUCCAGUCGCCAACAUUUCUGAGAAAGACAGAAAAGGAAAAAACACAUACGCAUUUAGAUUUUCUACUGGAAAAUGUCUGUAUUCAAUGUGCAACUUUUUUAUAUAAUGACUAAUCAAAUAAUAAACCCUCCAACAAUAUACCUACCAA